AACAAACAUGCUUCAGGAAAAAAGUAUCGAGUAUUUAUUUUCAAGUACAAGUAUUGAGGAAUCACUAAGUAAUAAUUAAGCGGCUUAAAAGGAAAUUCAAUUUCAUAUUUCACUAUUCUAAGCUUAAAAUGGCUUUAGGAUUCGAUAAGCAAGUUUUGGAAUGCAGUUCUUUAAAAAAAUGUGGCGAAAUUAGCACAAUUUUGUCAGUGGGAAAGAAAGAAUUUUACCUGAACUGCGAAUUUUGCGACUAUUCAUUUUUAGAUUUAGAUAAUUUUAUGCAACACAUGUACACGGACCAUUUUUCCGAAAUAAGUGAGCCAAAUUUAGAGGAAGAAGACACAAAGGAAGGUCUUCAAGAUUUAGUAAACAAAGAAAUAGAAGACCGGGAGUCUAAUCUGCAUUCAGAAAGAGCAGUGGAGGGAAUCGAUGGCUCCGAAUAUGUUUUAAGAGGCUUUGAAAGAGUUGAAAUUGAAUUGGAUGGAACCGAAAUGGAUAGCUCCGCAAAUAAAAAAGAAUAUAUGAGUGAAGACAGCGAUGCAAGUCAAACUUUAGCACCCCCAGAAGAGCCCCAGGUAACAGAAGAAGUUUUUAUAAGCGAUAGCGAAUCGGACUUGGAAGAGGACGCACUAGACGUGGAAGAUGAAACAGAAAAUAGAAAAGAGAUUAGAAAGAAUAGUGCCAAACGGAAAUUUGUCAUCGAACUUAUCGAAACCUACGGUUCAUUAACGGCACUGUGGGACCCAAAGUGUCCCGAUUAUACUGAUAGGUUGACAAGAGACCAACAGUAUGAAACUUUACUUGCCAAGUAUAGAGAAAAGUAUCCAAGUGCCACAAAAGAUGAUGUGAGGCAAAAAAUAUAUAGACUACGAACUACUUUUCGAAGAGAAUCAAAACGUAUAUCGGCAUUUGAAAAAUCAACUCUGUACUAUUUUGAUGCAAUGAGCUUUCUAUUGGAUAAUGAAAAGCGAAAAGAAAUACGUAGCGCAAAGCGACACUUAAAGCAAAUACCGGAAAGUUCCAGAUUUAUUUAUAAGAAGACGCCACCGCCCGAAGCUCUUUUAAAUGAUGACCAGUUUAUCAUUCUUGCCAAUAUAUACCAGAGAUAUCCCAGCCUUUGGGAUGAAACAGACAUUGCCUAUCGGUUCAGUAAUAGACGUCGGGAGGCAUUAAAAUCUGUAUGUGAAGAAUUUAACAACGAAUCUGGAUUAAAUUUAGAGCAACAGGAUUUGGAAAGAGAAAUUUUACGGUUGCGAAAAUCGUGUUCUAUCGAAAAGAAAGAAAAAAUUAUGUGUAAGCAAAAAAAAAUCGCCUAUAAGCCAACUUGCCCUUAUUACAAACACAUAACAUUCCUCGAAGUCGAUGUUAACCCGUUUGAAUGUACGGUAUGUAGAAAAGUAAUCACUGGUUCAGGUCUCUACAAAAUUCAUUUAGCAUCUCAUGAUGGUUCGCUGCCAUUUAAAUGUCAUAUAUGUGGGCAUGGCUUUAAGUUGGCGACUAAUUUAACAGUGCAUUUACGAAGGCAUGUACAUGAUUAUACGUACAGUUGUAAGGUGUGUAAUAAGCCCUGCGCAACGACAACCGAAUUAAAAGUCCAUAUGCGUUAUCAUACAGGAGAAAGGCCAUACGUUUGUGAUAUAUGUGGUAACAAAUUUCAAACUGCGUCUAAAUUCAAUACCCAUAUGCGACGUCAUGAAAAUCGACCGCGACAUAAGUGCGAAGUGUGCGCUAAAGGUUUCUAUACUAAGGGAUUAUAUAGAGAACACAUGAGUGUUCACCGAAUUAUCAGAGACCAGAUAUGCGAAAUAUGCAAUAAAGGAUUCAAAAGUCCAAUGCAAUUAAGGCAGCACAAACGUAUCCAUGACGUAGAAAAAAAAUACUUGUGUAAGAUAUGUGGGAAACGGUUUGCACAAUAUGCGGGUCUUAGCGGACAUAUGAAGUCACAUGGCACAAAAUUAAGUGCAAAGAAAACUUCCUCUGAGGCGGACAGCUUGGCUGAAAUUUUCUUAAGCGAUAACUCAGCGAUUGAUAAAGGGCGAAAAAAACUAUGGAUUGUAUUUGUCAUGCGUCUUUUGGGCGUCGCCAGAGAGGGGAUUAAUAUCUUUUGUAAUUUUAUGGACAUGUGUGACGGCUUGAGUGAAACUGCAUAUAAUAACAUUGUUGUGCAUUUACAUAACGCCUCACAAUCCGUGUUUCAAUCGUGCUGUAAAAAAGCUGUAGAGGAAGAAAAAGUAGAAAAUAGAAAACAUGACAGGCCAGCUACAGAUUUAAAAGUAUCAGGGGAUGGCUCAUGGAAAAAACGUGGUUUCAAAUCUUUAUACGGUGUAACAACGCUCAUUGGGUACUACAGUGGUAAGGUUAUUGAUCUAAUAGUGAAAUCUAGCUAUUGUUUAGGGUGUACAUUAUGGAAAAAUAGAGAAGGUACUGCAGAACAUAAUGAAUGGUAUGAAGAACACCAGCCAGACUGUCAAGAGAAUCACCAAGGUUCUGCGGGGGUAAUGGAAGUCGAAUCGAUCAAAGAAAUGUUUGUGAGAUCGGAAAAACUUUUUGGCGUGAAGUACGGCAAUUACAUAGGAGAUGGAGAUUCAAAGACAUUUAAAGGAAUUCUCGAUGUAAAUCCAUAUGGCGACGAUUUUCCGGUAGUAAAAAGUGAGUGUAUUGGCCACGUGCAAAAGAGGAUGGGUACUCGCCUCCGAAAAGUUACGAAAGAUUAUAAACUCGGAGGAAAAGGCAAGUUGACGCAAGCUCUCAUCAAUAAAUUAUCAGUAUACUACGGGCUUGCUAUUCGUAGGAAUGUAAACAACCUCGAGGAUAUGAAAAAGGCUGUAAUGGCCACCUACUAUCAUAUGUGCUCUACGGAUUACGAACCAAAACAUGAGUACUGUCCACCUGGUCCCGACAGCUGGUGCAAAUGGCAAAAAGCCCAAGCUUCUAAAGAAGAUUUUAAACAUCCUGCACCACUACAUCCAGAUAUCCAGAAGCAUGUAGAGCCAAUAUUUUUAGAUUUAUCGCGAGAUGACUUGCUUAAAAGAUGUUUGGGUGGUCAUACGCAAAAUGCAAAUGAGAGUUUCAACUCUACCGUUUGGCGUCUCGCUCCAAAACACCUACAUUCGGGGUCAAAAAUCAUUGAAAUGGUCUCAUACAUUGCUGCUGGAUUAUUCAAUGAAGGAUACACAUCAAUACUACAAAUAAUGAACUGCUCAGAUAUUAUAGUAGGCCGGCAAUGCAAAUCAUACGCCAAAAAAAUGGACGAACAGAGAGUGACCCGAGAAAAUCCCCGCAGCUCAUUAGCCUCUAAAGAAUCUCGUCAAGCACAUCAACAGCAACUAAUUGAACAAAAUGAGUUGUACGAAGCUUCAGAAGGAUUGUUAUAUGGCGCUGGAAUUGCUGAUUAUUUGCAACUAUACAUAAUAAUGGCACUCGAUAUUAAGGAAGAAAUUAAAUUGUCAAAUACGAAAAAAUGUGGGGAAAUAACAGCAUUGUUCUCUAUAGGAAAGAAAGAUUUUUUACUGAAUUGCGAUUUUUGCGAAUGUUCUUUCCUACAGUUGGAAAACUUCGUGUGUCAUAUGUACGAAGACCAUCUGUCCGAAUUUCCAGAGCUAAAAUCUGAUGAAGAAAAUGUGCAAAUAUAUGAGGAUAACGAAAAUGUGAAAUCUUUGGUGAAGCUAGAAAGGAUAGAGGUCGUCGAGGAUUACGAUAGUUGUUCAAGAGAUUUUGAAAGAGUUGAAAUAGAAUUGGAUUCAGUCGAUACAAGGGAGACACUAGAUAACAGUGAAGACGAGAUGUCAGGAAACGCAAUGGACGAAUGCAGUUAUGAUAUGAAUAGCUAUGAUGAAUCCAAUGAUACUGAAGGGUCAUAUAAAGUUUGUGAGAAUAAUGAUGACGUAGAAGCGAUUGCUGAACGAGAGUCGAUCGAUCUGAAGAAAAUGUUCCCUAUCGCGAAGAUGCAGUUAAUUUUUUCAAGUUACGUAGCUCAUCCUGCGCUAUGGGAUAAAGAAAUUAGAACUUCAAUAUGUUAUAAAGAGAAAACCGAAUUGUUCAAGAUUAUAGCUGCAGAAGUAGGCAUGCCAGAUGAAUGGGAAAACAUUCGAAAGCUAAUUAAGAAACUACGCUUUAAAAUUCAAACAGAGAUUAUACGCAAAAGGAUUUAUGAAUCAAAAGGCCGUUUGUAUACACCUACUUGGUAUACAGAUCCGAACUCUUUUUUGAAACAAAGGCCUGGUCCACCAAAAGAGCCCAAAGUAGAAGCAAGAAAAAGUACCGAUCUUCCUUCCACAUCUAUUACCGAUGCGCAAUGUAUGAUUUUAGCUGCACUUUACAAAGGUUUACCAUGCCUGUGGAAUGAAAAAGAUAUUACCUAUAGAUUUAGUAAUCGACGCCGGGAAGCAUUGACACUUAUACAUACAGAAUUUAACAUGAAAUCUGGCCUAAAUAUAACCGAACAAGAUUUGGAAAGAGAAAUUGCAAGGCUGCGGAAAAUUUGUUCAAAAGAAAAGAGACAAAAAAUAAAGUACAAAAAAACUCAAUCUAUGUAUAUUCCAACUUGCCCGUAUUAUGAUCACAUUUCAUUCCUCGAAGUCGAUGUUGGCCCAUAUGAAUGCUCUAUAUGUGAAAAAUUACUGGCGGGAUUGGGACAGUACAAAGUUCACUUAGCAUCUCACGAUGGUUCGCUGCCAUUUAAAUGCCAUCUCUGCGGACAUGGUUUUCAGGUGGCCGCUAAUUUAACCGUCCAUUUACGAAGACAUGUCCAAGACUACACGUAUAUAUGUGAGAUAUGCGACAAAGCUUUUGCUACAUCUACAGAUUUAAAAAUUCAUAUACGUUCCCACACUGGUGAAAAACCAUACUUUUGUGAUAUUUGCGGUAAAAAACUUCAAACCGCAUCACUAUUCAGUACGCAUAUGCGACGGCAUGAGAAUCGACCACGCCACAAGUGUGAAGUAUGCUCAAAAACUUUCUAUACAAGAAAAUUAAUAAAGGAGCACAUGAAUGUACACACAAAAAUUCGAGACAAAAUUUGUAAUGUGUGCAACAAAGGAUUCACAAGUACUAAACACCUAAACCAACAUAAACAGAUCCAUGCAGCAGAAAAGAAAUAUUUAUGUAAAAUUUGUGGUAAACGCUUCGCACAAUAUGCAGGUCUUAGUGGACAUAUGAAAUCGCAUGGGACAACGUUAACCAAUAGCACAACUAAAGACCUUCUUGAUUAAUAUAUUUUUUUUUACUAAAUUUACUAUUAAAAUAAUUUAAGUCCAUUUAAUUUUUUUGUAAUUGAAAGCCAAUCUCAAUAAAAGGUAAUUCAUACUUUUGUUGCAUCGAAAACACUUAAUAA